AUGGUGAUCCCUAAUACCAUCUCGCGCGAGCAGGCAUACAUCUCAUCGCUCGCGACUCAACCCAAGGAUAUCCAUCCAGAUAGGAUAUACGAUAAACUUGAAAUCAUCGGUAAAGGUGCUUAUGGAGCAGUCUACAAGGGACAACAUAAACCUACUGGUCACAUCGUAGCUCUCAAGAUCAUCAAUCUGGAUACGGAAGAUGAUGAUGUUGGUGAUAUACAGAAAGAAAUCGCUUUAUUGCAGCAAUUGAUGUUGGGUGGGGGUGGGUGUGGGGGUGGGAAUGCAGGAUCUUCCACAACGACGCCUGUGCCCAAUGUGGUCAAGUAUUAUGGAAGUUUAAUGGAAGGUCCAAAGGUUUGGAUCAUCAUGGAAUUGGCUGAAGGAGGAAGUAUAAGGACUUUGUCUCGUGCCCAACCGUUGAAAGAAUUACAUAUAUGUCUCAUUAUGAGAGAGGUCCUACAAGCCUUAGCUGCACUUCAUAAAAAUGGUGUCAUUCACAGAGAUCUGAAGGCCGCAAAUGUCCUCCUCACCACCUCCCCCCCUCGUAUCCUCCUGUGUGAUUUUGGAGUCGCCGCCCUCCUGCAAUCAUCCACCUCCAAGCGUUCAACGUUCGUAGGUACACCCUACUGGAUGGCCCCCGAAGUGGUCACCGAGGGUCGUCUGUACGAUUCCAAAGCGGACAUAUGGUCAUUGGGUAUAACCCUAUUAGAAAUGGCAUAUGGAGAACCGCCCAUGUCGGGUCAACCAGCAGCAAGGGCAAUAAUGAUGUUAUCCGAUCGUAAGAUGCGUGCUCCCAAAUUAGAAGGUGAUAGUUGGUCAAAGGACAUGAGAGAUUUCGUAUUGGCAUGUUUGAACGAAGAACCUUCCGAUCGAUCUUCUGCUGAAGAAUUGCAAAAGCAGAAAUGGAUAAAAAACAAUCAGAAGACCCCUCUAACAGCAUUGAACGAGUUGAUAGUGAAGUAUCAAGCUUGGAAACAAUCUGGUGGUCAACGACAGAGUUUGGCACCGGGUGUAGGAGCUAGUGUGGAUGAUGAUGAGGAUGAGGAAGCGAUGAAUGAUGUUAGUAGAGACGAUUGGGCUUUUGACACGGUUAGAUCGAGGAUGAGCAUGAUGGUAGAUCAAAAGGCGCAAGAGGGGGACAUAGGCUUAUCUCCGCCAACUGCCAGACCUGCUCCUCAAUCUUUACGACGUCUAUUCCACGACGAGUCAUCCUCUGAGCCCGAUCCCUUCCAAUCAUUCGCCAUGCAACAGCCUUCCACACCUCAAUCCUCAGAGGACGGAGGAUCCUCAUCCAUAGAGCAAGUAGGGAGAUUCCCAACUCCCGAACCAGAAGAGACCAUCCAUUUACCUCCCGACUCACCAGACUCGGAAUCAGCAAAGGGCACAGUGAGACAGCGGUUCAUCCGUAAUCUCAACUCGCACGGCUCAGAUCAAUCAUCACUUGAUAUACCUACUCACCCUUCAUCAGAUUCUCAAGCUCCCACACCAAUCGCUAAGACGAACACCAAUGAACCGUUAUUGAAACCUAAGAUGAGCAUCGACACGUUAAGUGCUACAUCGAAAUCACAGCCUGAAGAUUCUAACAGGCCCAAACCAGCUAUGAAAAGACCUGGUGGUGGCGGAGGAGGAUCGAUGGGUGAUGGUUUAAGGGGAUUCCAAUUCCCCCUAGUAUCCAAGGGUCCAGUCCCUCCUGGGGGAGCAGGAUCUUCUGAACCUUCCGCUCUGGCAGGAAGAGUUCAAGCUCCAACACUAAGUAGGAUGCAUUCUGCUGCUCCUACUAUACCCAUCCCUUCGGCUGCGGGUGAAUCACCCAAUAAACCUGGACUGACAGUCUUGCCUGGAGGAUUACCACCCCGACCUCAAAUGAUGAGGCAGGCCAGUGUGGCGGUAAUGGAAGGACGAGCAAUGUUGAACAAUCAAGCUCAUCAGCAGGCUUUGGCACUAGCUCAGCAGAAUGACCCGGUGGGUGGUGGGAGCGCACCGUUGUUAAGUCCCAAUAAAUUGUUGAAUAUCCCGGGUGCCGGUGGACAGGGAACGGGACUAGGACUGGGUAGACCUAUAGGUCCAGGAAUGACGAAUAAUCCCGUUGGAGGUGGGAUAGGGAUGAUGAGGAGUAGGAGUGGAAGUAGGGUCGAUGAGGGACAUGCAGUAGGUUUGAGGGAUUUGUUAAAGUUAUCAGCAAAUGUACCUGAUUUACCUGAUCUCCUACCUCCAUCACCCAGUGCGAUCACCACCAUUCCCAAUAAAUUCCAAUUCACACCUUCACCUUUAUCCAACCCGCAAUCACAGUCACAAGGGAUCAAUCCUAUACCUAUGCAAAAUAAUCCUUCGAAUCAUACUAUCUCAGCAUCUUCUCCUACUUCUCCAGUAGGUGGUCAAGUUCAAUCUCAGAUAUCGCCAAUGCCUACCACGACCUUUAACUCCACCACUACUCAUCAACCCACUAGCGCUACAGGACCUCACAUCAAGCCUUUACGAUUAGAUCUAGAUUCUGAUCAAGUUUUCCAAGAAUUGAUGGCUAAUGUGGAUGAUCUGGGGGGAUGGCUAGGUAUUGUCAACAAAGGUUUGACAGAUGUUCUGAAACCUCUAGAAGUGAUGAAUGUAGAUGGGUGA